GUAAAAAGCGAUUAAACUUUGAGUUUUCGAGAUAAAUGCUGAUAGUUGAGUAAGAGCGGUUUUCAUAUUUCUAAGUUAUUAGAGUUUCUUAUAGAGUUGAUCGUUCAGUUGAACAAAUAUUGAAAAGUUUGAAUAUUGUUCAAUCCCUUAAUAUUAAUUUUGCCAACUUAUCAAUAUUUAAUGAGAGCAUUGUUGAUUACAUAACCUCACAUUAUUGUUGAUCAGCUGAUUAGUUCCAAUUCUCACCACCAGGGUGAGCUAGUUCAUUUUUCUCCUGCAGCUAUCAGCUGUAUUUCAAGUAUUGAUAUGUUUGUUGUUGGUGUGUAACUGCAGUGAAUCCAGUGAAACAAAGGAUUUAUUUACGCAACAAUUGAAUUUAGACAUUAUUAAGUGUUUUAAAACAAAAAUGCAAGUUAGAUAACUUAACUUUAAGUGAUAAUUCGACAAUGCAAGCUCGGGAAAGCCUGGAAAUCAGUCUCUGAAAGGAGGAGGAGGAGGAGGAGGGGAUCAACCCAGCCUCCAAAAUGGUUUCGAUGAGCAGUACUCUGGUGGAGACUGUCUCCAUCAACUAUGAAGACUUCAAUGAGAGCUUUCUCACAUGUGGCACCUGCUUAUGCAUGUACGACGGUGGAGAGCACACCCCGAAACUGCUAUGCUGUUCACACACAGUCUGCCUGCACUGCUUGACGCGCAUCGCCGGCGCGGCCAGCCAAUCACAGGCGGGCACAGCGCGUGGCUCACAGCCGGGCGCCCAGCCUCCGCCACCCGCCACCUUCCGCUGCCCCAUCUGCCGCGAGUGCAUCACUGUGCCGCGGGGCGGUGUUGCCGCUUUGCCUCCCUCCUUCCUAGUCAACCAACUGCUCGACCUGAUGGCACGGCAACGUCGCGAGGUCGUGCCCAAGUGCAGUGUGCAUCUCAACCAGGAGCUGCUGUUCUGCGAAACAUGCGACAUGGUGUUCUGCGCCCAGUGUGUUGGCGGCAAUGGCACAAGUCACGUGACAGCGGCGGCUGCAGCAGCCAAUGGGACGUCGAGUUCCACCUGUGAGCACACUGUCAUCCCCUUCAGCAUAGCCAUCAAACGAAUGUCAGAGAUACUGCUCUACAAAGCCAAUGAGUGUAUUUCUAAGUUAACAGCCGCCGAGGAAACAGUGAACGGAGAACUGCAGCGACUUGAGCAGGCGACUCAGACGUGUCUGGAGGGACUGAAGGCUACCUUCGAGGAGAUCUCGUCUGCGGUGGAGAUGAGGAGGGUGGAGUUGUCGCAGGCGAUUGAGGAGGCCAGGGAUGCCAAGAAGAAGGUGCUCAGGGAGCAGCUGGCCCUCAUCGAAGCUGAGAAGGACAGGGUGACGUCAGAAUGCAACGAUGUGCAGUAUUUGGUGGAAGUUCGCAACAUCACUCAGCGCAUCGGUGCCCUGGGCGAUCAGCUGGAGUCGGCCAGUCAGCUGGCAGAGCCGCGCGAGAAUGCAUUCGUGGCCUGCGAACUGGCCGCACACACACAGGCCAACCUCAGUCAGGCCUUGGCCCGGCUGGGUCGGGUGCGCACCUCCACCACACUGCCUAGUCUCAGCACGCUGCAAGUCAGAGAACCGUGUAUAGUGAACCUAGAGACGACAGCGAUUCUGAGCACAGUGGACUACCACGGCGCAGCGCGCACCAAUGGCGGGGACCCCAUCACAGCCCAAGUGACCAGGCUGAGUGAGGCAGAGCAGAACAAUGCCAACACCAGUGCGACGAGUCACAACGAGCAGCACCAUGCCAUCACCAUAGAGACGGAAAUAGUCGACAACGAGGAUGGCACAUAUUUCAUUAGGUUCCGACCGAAUUCGGCUGGAAAAUACCAGAUUAAGGUAACAGUACUGGACAGACCUGUUCGACACAGUCCGCUAACAAUAGACGUCAGUGAGCAUAACAACCCUCUCAAAGUAUUUGGAUGUCGGGGAUCCGGAAAGGAAGAAUUCCUACAACCUGUCGCUGUGGCUGUAAAUAACGACGGAGGAGCCGUUUAUGUGGUAGACACUGGUAACUCUCGUGUGAAAGUUCUGACACCAGAUUUGCAUUUUAUUCGACAUUUGGAGUGCGAAGGGCUGACGGGAAGGUCAUGUACUGGAAUUGCUGUCAAUGACUCAGGAGGCUGGUUGGCUAUCAUUAAUUGGAGAUCGAAGCUAGUGACCAGGUUGAACCACAGAGGUGAAUCGUUGGACUCGUUCACUCACGAGGGAUUCCAAGAGCCCAUCGACAUCGCUAUAGACAGCAACUAUGGACACAUCCUGGUGGCAGACAAUGGGCCUUGCUGUGUCUAUGUCUUCGAUACUGAGGGCAAACUAUUGUUCCAGGUUGGCAAGAAAGGCAGCCACAAGGGAAAUUUCAAUUUGAUCUCGUCGGUGACUGUGGGACCUGGAGGGGAAAUCAUAGUGGCUGAUUCUCGGAUACAAGUAUUCUCGGCCAAAGGUGACUUUCUACAGGAGAUCUACUCUGAGGGCAAGGGUCGUGGCCGAUACGGCGGAGUAGCAGUAGACCAAGAUGGAAUGCUGGUUGCCUCUCGCUCGGAGAAAGGACGCAACUUCAUCCAAGUGUUUCAACUGAGCAACGGAGCACUCCUGUCUGUAGUGGACUCGCACGAGGCCAAACUGAAGCGGCCGAGCGGACUCGCUACAACUGCCGACCGACAUGUCAUCGUAGUCGAUCUCGGCAAUGACUGUGUUAAGAAAUAUCGAUACUGGUAGAGUUGAUGGUUUCGAUAUCUGGAUAUUAAUAGUAUUCGAGAGUCUGUAAUUUUUAAGGGUACAAACACACUGAAGACGGAGCGGAGCGGGGCGCGGCGUGGUCAGAGCGUUCAUUAUACACACAGGAAGCAUCUGAACGUCAAGCGCAAAGGGCCUAGAAAAUGGCAUUGUCCAACUUAUUAAAUAUUAAACUAUUUAACUUAUUCAAUAGUUAUUUUACUUAUGCAAACAGACUGACCAUGCGAGUUCAGCAGUAGCCUACAUUGUGACCUGCACCAGACUCAGUGUGUACAGUAAAUUGUUCCAGUUCCAAUCGUGAAUUGUUCCAUCACGUGACUAGUACAAAAUGUUCCCAUUUCAAAAUCGUUGGUUCAAGCUUUUGGCGGGCACUUAUAAAGUUGUUGUUUACUAGCUGCGUGAAUGAAGAAAGGUUGUUUCACAAACUUGCCGUCUAGAAAAGUGUGCGUUUCUUUCAUUCCAUUACUCUCAAAUUUUCUAUAGAGAAAAAUUAAUUUAACGAAUGAUUAUCAAACAUCAUUUUGUUGGUUAUGUAUUCUAUGCUAUGGUAAACAAGCUAUCAGCGCAUGCGCAGCCGCAGAGAAGCAAGCAGACUACAAAAUUCAAUCGACCAAUGAGAGCUCGGAUAGUUGGAACUGUAACAAUUCACCAAGCUUUGACUGUGGGGUAGGAAAACUUGGAAAUGGAACUGGUUUCUGGUACAGAUUCUGGUAAAUUGUGAAUAUGAAAAUUUACCACAUUUUUAUGUACACAGAACGGGCCCAGUGUGUUCAGCACGGGGAAAAAAUAUGAACCAAAUUUCCCCCACAAAAUUUACUACAUGGUGAGAGAAUUGAUGAAUUUUUGAAAUGUGAUAGGAAUAUUAUAUGAAAUGGAUUAGAAUAGCCUUACUUUUGAUUUCAAAGUACAAUAUUUCUCUUUUGAAUAAUCAAAUAAUACACAUUACAGGGGAAUUUUGUAUUUUGAAAUUAAUUAAUCUGAUUAAUUCAAAAUUGUAGUAGAUACAUUUUUUGGACUCAAAAUAGUGUGUGAAUUAAGUUAUCGUAUACAUAACCUUUAGACUGUGUAUUUCAAAUUAAGGUUUAGAACAGUUUUGGGCGCAUGCCUGUUGAUUUUACCCUAAUUUUAUUUGUAUAUGAAUAAAUAAAUGAAUAAAUUUGAGUAAACAUUAAAUAUCUAGUGUACUAGAUGGUGGGAGAAUGUAGUAGAAUAUUUGCAUUAUUAUGUACAAGAGUAGGGCACUCGCACUGUGAUGAUGCUCCGCUUGUAGAUGCUGCAAAAACAAACCAGCUUGUUCCAAAGUUUGACGCUACACUACGCUGUGUGAGUAGACGCUGCCAGUGUGUUGCAUCUUAUUACUUAACGCUCCAUAACGCCCCGCUCCACCUUCAGUGUUUUUGUACCCUAAUAUUGAGACAAGUCUAUUCAAAGACCUUAAAGAGAUAUAGACCCACAAUGCCCAUGCCUUCCCAAUGAUAGCUCUUACUUGAAAUUCAAGGCCGCCAUUGGGGUAUUUUAGCACGAGAUAUUAUAUCUAUAUAUUUGUAAUA